CAUCGAUCAUCAUCAAUCAACAUCGAGAGCCGCUGUCCAGCCCGCCAGACUGCCUGCUCAGAGCCCGGCCUCUACCGCUGAUACUCUCCAAAUCGAUCGAUCCAGCAGCACAUAUCAACCCAGCCAUGGCCACAGCGCAGUCACAGAAGCUCUCGCGGGAGGACUUUCGAAAGCAGAAGGUCAUCGAGGAGCAACGAAAAGCCGGCACGCUUCCUGCUGAGGUGGAUCCCGAAACCGGCCGAGACAUCAACCCGCACAUUCCGCACUAUAUUGCACAGGCGCCUUGGUAUUUGAGCAUCGACCACCCGACUCUCAAGCACCAGCGUUUUGAGGACAAAAAGGACUCGAUCGACCAAUGGUAUGCUCGCGGCGCAAAGCAAGGACCUGCCGCGACCAAGUACCGCAAGGGCGCCUGCGCAAACUGCGGCGCCAUGACCCACAAGGCAGUCGACUGCAUGGAGCGGCCCCGUAAAGUCGGAGCCAAGUGGUCCGGCCAGGACAUCCAGCAAGACGAGGUGAUCGGGGAUGUAGCGCUUGGAUUCGAGGCCAAGCGGGAUCGCUGGAACGGAUACGACUCGACUGACCAUAUGAGGACGAUCGCCGAGUGGGAGCUCAUUGAACAGCGCCGGAAGCAGCUUCGAGAGGAGAGCGCCAAGGAAACGCUCAAAUCAGGCAUCGAGAAGGACGAAGAGGGCGACAGCGACAAAGACGAAGACAUCUACGCCGACGAUGUCGACAUGCCUGGACAAAAAGUCGACACCAAGCGACGAACGACGGUCCGCACGCUGCGUAUUCGAGAAGACACUGCCAAAUACCUGCACAAUCUCGACAUCAACUCGGCCUACUACGAUCCCAAAACCCACGCCAUGCGCGACGAUCCGACCAAGGACCGUGGCUCCGACAGCGUGACAACCUUUGCCGGCGACAACUUUUCGCGCUACUCGGGCGACGCACCCAACCUCGCCAAGCUGCAGCUCUUCAGCUGGGAAGCCGAGGAGCGCGGAAAAGCGGUGCACAUACAGUCCAACCCCACGCAGGCAGAGCUCCUGCACAAGGAGUACCUGUCUAAGAAAAACAAGCUGACGGAUAGCUCCAAGGACAGCAUUCUGCAAAAGUACGGCGGUGAAGAGCAUCUUCAGGCGCCGCCCAAGGAGCUGCUUCUAGCACAGUCUGAGGCCUACGUGGAGUACUCCCAAACCGGUCGCGUUAUCAAGGGGCAAGAGAGAGCCAAACUCAGAUCGAAGUACGAAGAGGAUGUACACCCACUCAACCACACAUCGGUCUGGGGCUCCUACUGGAAAGACUUCAAGUGGGGAUACUCCUGUUGUCACUCGUUCAUCCGCAACUCUUACUGCACUGGAAAGGCCGGCAUCGAGGCCGAGCAGGCAUCGAACGUAUUGCAGCAGUCCGGGGGAGACAAGCCCGCCCAAAGCGAGAAAAAGAGCUUGCUCGACGAAUAUGUGCAGAAGGCGAUCAAGGGCGACUAUUCUCAGCGCGACAACAAGCCGCGGGGGGCACGUCUCGGCGAGGGCGAUGUCCAGAUCGACGAGUCCAGACUGAAGAAUGCCCUUGAGGAAGAGAAGAAGCGCAAACAUCACAACAGCAGCGAUGCCCUGGGCGACAGGGGCAAGAAGUCCAAGUACAAUUCGCUGAACGAUAAGGAAGUCACAGAGGAAGAGCUGGAAGCGUAUCGCAUGCUGCAGGCGCGCUCCGACGACCCGAUGGCCCAGUACAAGGACGAAGAGGACGAAUGAUUGUCGGGCACCGAGAGAAUCGGACGGGGUGGUCCGCCGCAAGAAAAGCCUCGCGUGACAGAGAAUGGACCAGUCGAAGAGAGUGGGCCAGUCGCAGCGAGUGCGAAUCAGACGAAACGAGUGUGGAUCAGACGAAGAGAGUGUGGAUCAGUCGAAGCGAGUGUGGAUCAGACGAACAAUGCCGCCUCGCUGUGGCCGGGCUGUUGGGCUCCAGAGAGCAAAUAUCAAUAUCAAUAACAAUAUCAAUAUCAAUAUCA